AUGUACCUUCCUAUCCUUGUAUUUGGCGUACUGCCUUGGCUUGCGCUCGGCGCAGUCACGAGCAAUGGCGUACAGCUCACAGAAGCAGAACUAGCACAUUUUGAUGGCACUGGCGAUGAUGGCAAAAUCUAUCUUUCCAUCAACGGGACCAUUUUCGAUGUCUCCGCUUCACCAGCAUUCUACGGUCCGGGUGGUCACUACCACCACUUCACAGGCAAAGAUGCUUCCCGAGCGUGGGUGUCUGAAUGCUGGGACACCGAGGAUCAACUCACUUGGCGGAUGGAUGGCAUAGAAGCCAUGUUCAUGCCGAAAUAUCUCGACGAGCAGAUGCAGCAAAAUGCUGAUGGCGAGUCUGAUAUCGAAGGUGCCGAUGCUUUCGGCGGCGCCGAUCUGCUCAAAAUGGCAAAGCAGGUCGUGAGCAAGUACGGACGCGUUUCGAAGAAGGCCAUCGAUGCAAGGCGGGUGACAGAUCGCAAAGAAGCCGAACAGAGCGCCCAAGCAGCUCUUGCCCACUGGAUCAAGUUCUUUAGCGAUAAUAGCAAGUACAACGUCAUCGGCAAUGUCAUCUUGGACGAUAGCAAACCGGAGCCUCCAGGUCUUUGCGAAGCUGCACUGAAGAAGCGGCCUGUGAGAGGUGGGAAGCUGGAUGCAUUAAUGCAGGCUGGAAUGGGAAUGGGUGGUGGUGGAGCGGGAGGUGGCAAGAAGCCUGCCGCUGGGAUGCCAGACUUUGUCAAGAAUGCCGGUCAGAAGGCCGCCAAUGUUGUGGUUGGCAAGAAAGAUAGCGAGCAGGAGGAUGUGAGCAAAGACGAGCUUUAA